GGACGCGCUUGUUAGGAGAAGGCUGUUGCACUCGCUCCAACGGUACAAGUUCCCCGUCAGGGACCUUCCCAUAUUAAGCCCUUCCUAUUUCUCCUCCUUCCCCUCGUCCCAUUCUCUCUCUUGCUUCAAUCGCCGGAAGCGAGCCGCGAGAAGGGCGAGGGAGAGGAAGGAAGGGGAGGAACAUCCGUCGGGGCACCGCCAUGGGUUUCUGCAUUCCCUGCACCAAAGCGCUGACGGCGGACGAUUUGGCUCAGCAGAUCCCCCACCCUCCGCUUGGAAAAUCAAAGUCAGAUUCGAAAUUCUCAUUCGACUGGAAGAAUAAAGGUUCAAGGAAGAUCUCAAAAUGUGGCUCUUCGCACAUUUCUGCCAAAACAUUUCCGUUUAAAGAGCUGGCCGAGGCAACUGACAAUUUCAGGGAUGAUUGCCUCUUGGGAGAAGGAGGAUUUGGUCGAGUUUAUAAAGGCAGGUUGGAAAGCAUUCAACAGACAGUAGCUAUAAAGCAGCUUGAUCUCAAUGGUGUACAAGGAAAUAGGGAAUUUAUGGUUGAAGUCAUGAUGUUGGGUCUGCUUCACCACCCCAACCUUGUUAAUCUAAUCGGGUAUUGUGCUGACGGCGACCAAAGGCUUUUGGUUUAUGAAUAUAUGCCACUAGGAUCCUUGGAAGAUCAUCUUCACGGAGGCCUUUCUUCAGAUAAGAGGCGGCUCGACUGGCACCACAGAAUGAUAAUAGCUGCUGGAGCAGCAAAAGGAUUAGAGUACUUGCACGAUGUGGCAAACCCUCCUGUGAUUUAUCGUGAUUUAAAAUGCUCAAACAUUCUACUCGACGAGGACUAUAACCCAAAGUUGUCAGAUUUUGGUCUUGCAAAACUUGGUCCUGUCGGCGAUAAUACUCAUGUCUCCACCAGAGUGAUGGGCACAUAUGGGUAUUGUGCUCCAGAAUAUGCAAUGACUGGACAACUGACACUUAAGUCGGAUGUUUAUAGCUUUGGAGUUGUCCUUUUAGAACUUAUAUCCGGAAGAAGAGCAAUGGACAAUUUUAGACGUCCAGGCGAGCGAAAUCUUGUUUCGUGGGCGAAGCCAUUGUUCAAGGACAGGAAGAAGUUUCCACAGAUGGUUGAUCCGAUGCUUCAGGGUCAGUACCCGAUACGGGGCUUGUACCAAGCAAUUGCCAUUGCUGCAAUGUGCGUUCAGGACCAGCCGAGCUUGAGGCCUCGGAUAGCUGAUGUUGUAUCAGCUCUUUCUUACUUGGCUACACAAACUCACCACCACAAGAACCAAUCCACUUAGAGCAGUCUGCCCUCAUCAGCACCUCAACUGGACAGAAACCAAGCAGUCGAUCCAAAAGAGAUUAACAGUGGGUUCGUAGAACCGAGCAGAUCAUUUGAAUUUACCCCCAAACACUCUUUUGUGAAUCCUAAACUGUUUGUUUAAUCCUUCCUUUUGACUCUUUUAGCUUUAGGGUCGACAAAUUUUCAUUGCUUGAUGUAUAAAUUGAUCAUUGAGGUGAUUCUUGGUUCUUGUAUAACUUCACCUAUUUUCCAUAAUUUAUAAAGAUCAUUGAAGUCA